ACAUACUAUAAGGCCUCUUCUCUCUCGCACCCCCCCCCCCUUUUGCUCAACAACAUUAUUAUCCCGAAAGAACCGAAGCGGGGGCUUUGGUCGGGGAACAUGUCUUGGGACACACAGAAAGCAAAGGAGGAGCUUGUCCGAGGCAGGGAGUUGACAAAUCAGCUACGAGAUCUGCUCUCCAAAUCCCUAGCCGAUGAUUCGGGUUUAGCGGGUAGUGAAGAUCUAGUAAUCAAAAUCCGCAACACUUUUGCUAAAACCCUUUCCAUUUUAAGCAACUUUAACAGUGGCGGCGAUGAUUACAAUGUUGAUGUCAACGUGAAGCCUAGGAACAACACCAGCUGCUGCGAUGGUCGGAAAUCCGAGGAUUCGGGUGAGAGCAUUAAGAGUACUCCCUCUACUCUCAAAGAUCGAAGAGGAUCUCCCAAGACAAGGAAGAGAGUGCCAUCAAGAAAAAACAUCAGCUCAGCACUGGUUGAUGAUGGGUAUGCAUGGAGGAAAUAUGGGCAGAAACAAAUCUUCAAUUCUAAUCACCCAAGAAGCUACUACAGAUGCACCCACAGGAAAGAGCAAGGCUGCCAAGCACUAAAGCAAGUCCAGAUGAUCGAAGAUGAUCCCCCAAAGUAUCAAACAAUUUAUUUAGGUCACCACACUUGCAAAAACAAGCCCCACCCAUCUCAUUUCAUCGUCGAUCAUCCCUUUUCCAACGACUCCAUAAUCCUCAGCUUUGCAAACAACAGUCUCACAACCAAACAAGACAACACUUUUUUCUCAUGGGUAAAACAAGAAAGCAAAGAGGGUUAUAAGCCCAUCAGUGAUAUCACCUACAAUGGAUCCGAUUAUCUUUUGUCGCCUCAUCAUCAGUAUCCAAGUACGCUUGAUACGUCGGCCGAAAUGAGCGUGUUGUCAGCUGAUCACGAUGUUUUCCCCGGGGUGGAGGAUUCUGUACAAGAUUUAGAUGACUUGCUUGAGUUUUGAAUGGGGUAGCUUACUUUGCGGUAAUGCUGCUGCCGCUGCUGCUGUUUUUUCUUAAUUCUAUUUGUAAUCUUAAUGUAUAAAUGUUGUGUUUUCGUUUCUUUUUCUUGCAAUAAGAAUAGAGCUGCAUGGUGCUAGCAGCUCUUUCCUGUUA